AUAAUCAAAUGCAAAUCUUUAAGGCCACUUAUUGUAUCCUCUUAUUUACAUAAAUAGUAUCUCUUUCAAUAGACUGAAACGGCCGCUUAAUAGCGUUUUCAUGUCGGUUUUCACGUGUGUAAUAGCAUCGAUUAACUAUUUGCUAUAAAAAUUUGUCACAAAUUGAAAAGACGUUUUUACCCGAUCGUUUAUGAUCGCUACAGAAAACUAGCUCGAUGAUUGUAAAUGUUAAACACUUUGAAUAAUCUUAUAAUACGCGGAAUAUUAAAAUUUAAAAUUAAGGAUUAAUCAUUUAAUCAAUUUAACCUGUCAUCGAUAAAUCAGUGUACGGUCAUAGCUAGCAAAGAGUAUUAAAUAAAAAGGUUAUAUUAGAUUUUGAUACUUAAAUUAUCUGCAACCUUUUGAACGAGGACCACACAUAACACUUAUAAAAUUUAAAGCCACAAGAAUCGCCGUUUAAUUCUUUUUUAACUUUUGUAAAUGAAUACAUUUAAGUAAUCUUUGACCUAUGUUAAGUUCAUGGGAGUCACAGAAAUUAAAAUCUCAUUGAUUCAUUAUUAAAGUGUUCUUCGGUGGAAUAUAAUUAAAUUAAUUUGGAUAAAAGGAGCAGUUUGCACAGACGUUUUCUGUAAAAUAUGGACUCUUUAAAUCUAUCGGAAGAACAAAUCGAAGAAUUUAGGGAAGCAUUCAGUCUGUUUGACAAGGAUGGGGAUGGUACCAUGACAACGAAAGAACUCGGAACUGUAAUGAGAUCGUUUGGUUUAGAUCCUUCUCAGAAAGAACUGAUUGAGAUGGUAGCUGAAGUGGAUGUUGACGGUAAUGGUGAAAUAGAUUUUGAGGAAUUUCUUAUGAUGAUGGCUAAAAAGAUGAACGAUGUUGAUCACGAAGCUGAAAUUAAAGAAGCCUUUGAAAUCUUUGAUAGAGAAGGAUCAGGUUUUGUAACACAUGCAGAUCUGAAGCAUGCAAUGUAUCAGUUGGGAGAAAAAUUAACAGAUGAGGAAGUUAGUGAAAUGUUAAAAGAAGCCGAAACAGAAAAAGCAGGGAAAAUGACGUGGAAAGAGUUUUACACUAUAAUGAUGAAGGACGUAUGACAGCUAUUCUAACAGAGAAAAGACGAAACUGCCACUGAAUUUAAAGAUGUACUUUCAGGAAUAUCUAUUUAUUUAUUUAUUUCAUUAAAAUAGUCACGUGUUCAGAGAUAAAAUAGUUGUUCUCCGCUAGAAAAUUGUACAAGUUGCAAGGAAAACAAAACGGACCUUACGAUAUAAUGAGUGUAAUCAACUUAAAUGUUUACUUCUUAUCUAUUCUGUAACUUUAAAGACAUUCAGGGAUGGUUUUUAGAAAGCAUAAAAGCACAUAUGUAUGUUCUGUGUAUUCAAAAAGUUAGUUUUGUUUCAGUAAACAGUGCAAGAAUUAACACUUCUGUGAAUUAUCCUGUGUCUUUAUGUUGUAAUGAAUCAUUCUAUUUAUUUCAUUUAUAUUCCAUUUUAAAUAUUAACCUUUCAAGUGCCGAUAUCGAUGUAACUUAAAAACCGAACAAGUUUAAAAAUGUACAAACAUUUACAAAAAACAAAGCAUAUCCAAUGUCAUUGCACAUUCACAUUUCUUUCUGUUUGCUAUUUAUAUAAAUUUAUAUCAAUUUGGUGCUAUAAUAAAUGUCUUGUUAAUAAGUAUGUCUUUUCUUCUUGUUUUAUUUUUCCUGUUAAAAGCUGA